AAUCUCCAGAACAUCAUAAAAAAACAAGGAAAGACGGAGGAAUUCAAUUUAAAACAUGAGUGGAUGUCCAUUUUUUACCAAACUGCAUCCACUGAAAGCCAAAAGCAGUGACAUUGAUGACGAGGAUGACUCUCAAAAAGGCAUCAACAAAGCAGCAAAAGGAGGAAUCACCUAUGGAGACUACCUGCAGCUGGAUAAGAUCGUUAAUGCUCAGGUGCUACAAAGUGAACUGAGAGGAAACAAAAUCCAUGAUGAGCAUCUGUUCAUUGUAACACACCAAGCGUAUGAGUUAUGGUUUAAACAGAUUCUGUGGGAACUGGAUUCAGUGCGGAAGAUCUUCAUCCAUAACCACGUUCGUGACGAGAGGAACAUGCUGACGGUGGUCAGCAGGAUCCACAGGAUCACUAUGAUCUUCAGGCUGCUGGUGGAUCAGUUCGCUGUGCUGGAGACCAUGACCGCUCUGGACUUCUACGAUUUCAGGGAGUACUUGUCUUCAGCUUCAGGCUUCCAGAGUCUGCAGUUUCGUCUUCUGGAAAAUAAAAUUGGAGUCGCAGAAAACUUGAGGGUUCCCUAUAACCGCCGGCACUACCGAGACAAUUUCCACGGCCAGGAGAGCCAAGCUUUACUCCAGACCGAGCAGGAGCGCACCCUGCUGCAGCUGGUGGAGCAAUGGCUGGAGAGAACUCCAGGCCUGGAGGAAGAUGGAUUUAACUUCUGGGGGAAGCUGCAGGUGAACGUUGAGGAGGGCUUCAGAUCAGAGAAACAGAAGCUGGAGAAAAUGUCAGACUGUGAGACGAAGCAGGAGCUGCUGGAGGAUCUCAGCAAACAGAUUGAGCUGUUCAACUCGCUGUUCGACUCCAAACGCCACGAUCAUCUACUAAGCAAAGGUGAGCGACGGCUCUCCUACAAGGCUCUUCAGGGAGCGCUGAUGAUCUACUUCUACAGAGAGGAGCCUCGUUUUCAGGUGCCGUUUCAGCUUCUGACGAAUCUGAUGGAGGUGGAUGUUCUUAUGACCAAAUGGAGAUAUAAUCACGUGUGCAUGGCUCACAGAAUGAUCGGCAGCAAAGCCGGCACAGGUGGAUCCUCAGGUUACCAUUACCUGCGCUCUACUGUCAGUGAUCGGUAUAAAGUGUUUGUGGAUUUGUUUAAUCUGGCGACGUUCCUGAUCCCGCGGGCCUGGGUCCCCAAAAUCAACCGCAGCAUCCACAAGUUCCCGUACACGGCGGAGUGCAGCGACAGCUCCUACAGCUCCUGCGGGUCCUGCAGCGAGGAGGACUGAACCCGAGACCCGAGUCCUGAGACCCAAGUCCUGAGACCUGAGUCCUGAGACCUGAGUCCUGACCUGACCCUGAUCUACAGACCUGAUUAUUCUCAAAACAGGAAACGACUGCAGAUUUAUAAACAUCAGCAAUCAGCAGUGUUACUCAGAUAAGAUAAGAGUUUUGUGUGUAAUGCUACAUGUGUAUAUCUGGUCAUAUAUAUAUAUAUAUAUAUAUAUAUAUAUAUAUAUAUAUAUUAUAUUUGUAUAUUAAGUGGACAUCAAAGAAAUUUGCCUUUUUUAUUAUUAUUAUAAUUAGGGAUGAACCUAAAUUAUUAUUUUUAGCUGUGCUAAAACUGAACAAAAUUAACACACAGGAUACUGAACAUAUUGUUUUUUGCCUAUUUUUUUGUAUUGCUUUUUAAAGAAAAGGCAAAAAAACUAGUUUACUCUAAUUAACUCCAAGAAAUAGUUUAAACUAAUCAAAAACAUUCUUGUUAUGAAUGUUCAGCAUGAAUUUACCUCAGUAGAGCUAUUAUAAUAAUAGAUUUACCUUUGUAGGGCUGUUCUAAUCAGAAAUUUACCUCAGUAUAGUAAUUGUAAUCAUAAAGUUACCUCAGUAUAUUAAUUGUAAUCAUAAAUUUACAUUGUAAUAUUUUUCAUACAUUUUCCUCUGUAGAGCUAUUUUAGUCAUAAAUUUACCUCAGCAUAGUAACUUUAAUCCUGAAUUUACCUGGGAAUUGUAAUAUUUUUCAUAAAUUUACCUCAGUAUAGCAAGUCUUAUCAUAAAUUAACCUUAACGUAGAAUAGGGUGGACUAUUCUACUCCUAAAUAUAAAUGUACCUCAGCAAUACACUUUUUUUCAUAAAUGUACCUCAGCAGUGCCUUUUCUUAAGGAGGUAGGAGUGAAAGCCUGUUGGCACUGUUUAAAAUUCCGAUAAAACACUACAAUAUGGCAAUUUUUCAUUUUUUUUACAUAUUAAACAGUAACAGUAAAUAAUAGUUUGGGCAAAUAUUCUGUGCAUCCCUAAUAAUAAUAAUAAUAAUAAUAAUAAUAAUAAUAAUAAUAAUAAUAAUAAUAACAAUAACUAAUGAUUUAUCGUAGUAUGGGUUUGUAGAUAUAAAAAGUAUAGUAGUGUUUUGUAUAUAUUAUUUAUAGGUUCUAUUUAUAAUCAGACAUAUUUACACUGAAGCAUAUUAGCAUGCUAACAGAUUAUUAUUAUUAUGUGCAUAUGAUGUGUACAGUAUUAGUUGAAGUAGCUGUAGUGUAAUGUAAUGUAGUUAAAGUUUCAGUGUGAUGUAAAAGUUGUAUAUUAGAGUAUAUAUAUAUAUAUAUAUAUAUAUAUAUAUAUAUAUAUAUAUAUUAAUAAUAUUUCAGUGCUGAUUUUAUACAGUGUGUUUUUGGACGGUGUGGAAAUGCUGCUGUGAAUAAACGUUGCUAUUCUUCCUCUC